UGACUUUAUCACCUCUCCGUCCUCGAACGCCGUUACCACAAAUAUGGCAGAAUCACAGCGCAAGGAAACUGACGCCUUCUUCUCAUUUUUCGCCUCGUUUGAUCUUACCAGACCGGUGACGACCGUCUCCGACCUGAGCGAUGGUGCCGCGCUCAUCGAGAUCCUUUCCACUAUAGAUGCAGAGUACUUCCGUCAGCCUACACGGCCUUCCGCUCAACCCUCGGACAACUGGGUCUUGCGAUUCAGUGCCCUGAAACGGGUCUACCGUCUCAUGACACAGUACUUCUCGGACGUCUUACGCCAACCCACAAGCGCAUUGGACGUCCCAGAUUUGCAGGCAAUUGCAAAGGACCACAAUGUUGCAUCUACCUUGCUUAUGUGCCGCCUCGCCAUCGCCAUCGCCGUGCAGUGCGAGAAGAAUAAGGGCUUCAUCGAAAAGAUACAGGGAUUGAGUGAGACCGAUCAGCACUACUUAAUGAAGGCCAUCGAACAAGUCAUGGUUAAGGUGAAAUCGGCAGCUGGAGGUGGAAAUGCUGGUGAAGCUAGUAUGACCGAGGACGACCAUUACUAUCAGAUCCAAUCCGAACGUAGUCGCGUGCUAGCCGAAAAAGAGACCCUUGAGAAAGUGUACCAGACUCUAUUGGAGGAACACCGCACUUUGCAGACCACUUACGACGAUGCCGUCUCUGAAAAAAACGAGGCGCUUGCUCGUGCGCGGGAGGUCCAACGGGAGGUGGAUAACCGGAGGAACGAUAAAGCAGACGUCAUGAUGCGUGCUGAGAUCGACCGGCUUCGCGUUGACCUUCAGAAGAGCGAAGACAAUCUUGCCGUGGCUGAGUCCGAAGUUGACAAGCAGACAAACAUGGUAUCUGACUUGACGCGCAGAGUAGAGGAGUUACAAGUACAUGCAGAUGAAGCGGCGAGGUUGAAGGAUCAAGUGGACGAGUAUCGUCACGCAGCAGACCGGUUAGCCAAGACCGAAAAUGUAAUGGAGAAGUAUAAGAAGAAACUCCAAGAGGGUGCCGAUCUACGACAGCAUGUCAAGUCACUAGAGAAGCAGAAUGCGGAUCUUGUGGAUAAGAAUGCAUCGCUCGAAGAGGAGUACCGCAAAGUCGCGGCUUUCAAGCCCCUCAUGGAGUCUUACAAGAGCCAAAUCGUCGAUCUGGAAGGCAAAGCAUCGACGAGGAAUAAGGAACUCGACACCUUGCGAUACGAACUGGAGCAGACAAAGACAAAACUGCGGAUCACAGAGGAGGAAAGGGCGAAGGAUUCCGAGACGUUGGAGCUCUACCAGGAGCGUGUACGUGAGCUUGAGUUGAGCUCCCAUCGUCCCAUCCCGUCCGCGAAACCUGCAAAAGCUCCGCGCAUCAUGAAUAUGGAGGAGGAAGCAAUCAGUCAAGGUCUGGGUGGAGAGUUGGAUGAUGCGCUCACUGGAACCACCAUGACCGAUCUCAAACUUCAAGUCCGCAAGUUGCAACGCGAAUUGGAAGCCGCUAAAACCAACCAUUCCGACUCGAGUCGUGUACUUGUGCUCGAGAAUUUGCUCGAUGAUGCGAACCGGAUGAAGGCGAGGUAUGAGGCUGACUAUCUUGCUGCACAUCGGGAGAAGUUGGUCCUGCAAAAUGACCUCGAAGAGAUUCGCAGCGGAAAGGCAUUGGGUGACGGCACCGAGGCUGCCAUCGCUCUGCGUCAACGCUUGAACGAAACAGUGGAUCAAUUUGACGCUUUGCGCAAGGAGCAUGCAGAACUCGAGGUCAAGUGUGAAAGCAUGACCAAAGAAUUGACGAUCGCUAGAUCAGACUUAAACUUGGUCAACAAGGACCAGCUUGAGAUUCUUGCUUCGUUGCGGGAGUCCGUCAAUGAAGACAAGACAGGCUUGGAGGCCGAGCUCGAUCGGAUGCGCAAACAAUUGAAAGAGGCUGCCGAGAAGAACAAGAUGCAGUUAGAGCAGAUCAACGGCCUGCUGUUCGAAAAGGUGAACCUUCAAAGCGACGGGAUUGGCCAGCGGGAGAAAAUGCUACAGCGGGAGCGUGACUUUGGUGAACUUCGUGCGGCCAUGGGCAAGGAUGUUCCUGAAGAUGUCAAAUCUCGCGUCCUUUCACAGCAUGAGGAUAACGUACAGCUGAGGGAACAGCUCAAGACUACUCAGGAAAAGCUAGUGAAGGCCCGAGCUUUCAUCAAGUCACAGGACAAGCUUUUCAAAGAAGAGCAAGCGAAGUUGACUGGAUCGGCCCCACCUGGUACCUUCGACGAGGCGGAAGGCAGCAUUCGUUCCAAGGUCAAGAUCUUAGAAGAGGAGGUUGCACGUACAAAGCGACUUCUCAAGGAAGCCAAUAUCCGAUAUCGCAAAGAGCAGGAGCUGCUACUGGGCGCGGUACAUAAUCUCGGGAUGCGUGCAGCGCGAGACCAUUUGGGACAUCCGCAACAGCAAGGUCGUCUGGGACCCACCAGCUGGUUAGGGCAGCAGCGCAGAAACUUUGGCUCAAGUCUGCGGCGGUGAGCUGGUACCGGCACAUCGUGUUCAUUUGAUUUCUUUCUCUAGGCUGCAAAGAGUCUGGUAUCGUCGGGAGGGGUCCGGGAUUCUUUGAUACCCUUAGCGUAUUCUCAUCUACAUCACUGACUGCAUCACCCAUGUCUGUAUCACUUAUUCCAUUUCACUCAUUUCGGACUUUUGUUGGAUAUCUUCCUUAGUACCAAGUAGAACUGUCGUAUAGAAUCAUGUUCACGCUCUUUCUGUUCUGUGCGUUCAACAUAUGUAACCGGUUACGCGUAGCC